GUAAAGAGAGGGAUAAUGCAGACAACAAGGAAAGCGGGCCCGGGGCUCUCCCCGCCGCGGAGGAGGAGUCUCCCCUGCCCUUAUAGGGGCGUCCGGAGGGGCGGCCUCUUCCCGCUCCGUCCUAAAUCUCUGAGAAACGAAACUACGGCUGCGCCCUCCCCCCAGUGCCUCCAUCUCCCGAGCCACCACCACGCGUUCCCCAGGUGUCGCCGCCAGUGUCCCCGAGAGCCAGGGAUGCAGCAGCAGCUGCCGCCGUACGAAGUGCUGUCGACGGAGGUGAACAUGGAGGAGAUGCCCCGGAGCACGACGGUGCUGAUGGAGGAGCCGCCACGGCCGCCCCGGGACCACCUGGUGUGGUCCUUCUUCACUACCCUGUACGGCAAUUUCUGCUGCCUCGGCCUCCUGGCGUUCGUCUUCUCCGUCAAGUCCAGGGACCGCAAAGGGUUGGGUGACUACAGCGGGGCGCUGAGCUACGGCUCCACAGCCAAGUAUCUGAACAUCACGGCCCUGGUGAUCAACAUCAUCAUCAUCAUCAUCGUCGUCACCGUCGUCGCCGUGAGCGUCGCCAAAGCCACGAACUCCCCACACCAGUACGGGUACAACCCUUUCUCUGGCCACACUUAGCCCCUCCUUGCCCCGCGGGCUGUACUUCCCUCCGCGGAGCCUGCCAGGAGUGCCCUCCGGUCACCAAAACUGAAAAUUGACAAUCCACGUGCCCCCACUCCGACCCUGCUGGUGUCCUGUCCCUCUUCCCUCCCCACUCGGAGCUUUUGUGGGGCCCUUGCUGAUGGCUGCCCUCGCUGGGGGUGUCUGGAGCUGGACACCGCUCCCCAGAGAGGAGCUGAGCAUCCCCAGCUCCGCUGUCGCCUGCUUGCUGCUCUGCUCUGGGUCUGGAGCCCCAGCUGCCUCAAAAUAAUUCUGAGGAGAAGCACCUGGUUCAGAGAAACCCUGGUCCCUGAAAUAAAGGUUUAUUCCAUUUUU